AUGUUCUCAAAGGUGCUUUGUUUUGUGUCUGUCAUCGCGGCUGUGUUUGGUAAUUACAUACCAAGCCAUGGAGCCGAAUCCGAAGCUCGCUUGAUCAAGUACGAUGGUCAUCCAGAAGUAGUUCCCGUUGGUGGAUACCAUGGACACGGACACCAGAUUGACUAUCAUACGCAUCCUAAGUACGAGUUCGAUUACAAAGUAGUAGACCACCACACUGGUGACAUUAAGUCCCAACAGGAGCACAGAGACGGUGACGUGGUAAGAGGUGCAUACGCUCUCCACCAACCCAACGGACUGGAGAGGAUUGUUAAUUACUACAGUGACGAUCAUUCUGGAUUCCACGCAGAUGUAAAAUAUGGCACGCACCAUGUCGUCCCUCACCACGCUCCCCAUGGUCACUAUUUAUAA